CCGCCAUCUUGGAUUCCGCGGUGACGGUGGCGGCGGGAGGGCGCCGCUUCUGGGGAGUGGCUCUUCCCUCCCCCGCCCCCCGUGAUCGGUGGCGGCGGCGGCUCCUCCCACUGAGGGGGUGGGGGUGGCGCGGCGGCGGCGGUGGCAUCCAGGGCCAUGGCGGCGACCACUGCUAACCCGGAAAUGACAUCAGAUGUACCAUCACUAGGUGCAGCCAUUGCCUCUGGAAACCCUGGGCCCGGGAUUCAAGGUGGAGCAGCCAUUGUCCAGAGGGCUAUUAAGCGGCGACCAGGGUUGGAUUUUGAUGAUGAUGGAGAAGGGAACAGUAAGUUUUUGAGGUGUGAUGACGAUCAGAUGUCUAAUGAUAAGGAGCGGUUUGCCAGGUCGGAUGAUGAGCAGAGCUCUGCGGAUAAAGAGAGACUUGCCAGGGAAAAUCAUAGUGAAAUUGAAAGGCGACGGCGGAACAAGAUGACAGCUUACAUCACAGAAUUGUCAGAUAUGGUACCAACCUGUAGUGCCUUGGCUCGGAAACCAGACAAACUAACUAUCUUACGCAUGGCAGUUUCUCAUAUGAAGUCCUUACGGGGAACUGGCAACACGUCCACGGAUGGCUCCUACAAGCCGUCCUUCCUCACCGAUCAGGAGCUGAAACAUUUGAUCCUGGAGGCAGCAGAUGGGUUUCUGUUCAUUGUCUCGUGUGAGACAGGGCGUGUGGUCUAUGUCUCGGACUCCGUUACGCCAGUUUUGAACCAGCCACAGUCUGAAUGGUUUGGCAGCACACUUUAUGAUCAGGUGCACCCAGAUGAUGUGGAUAAACUUCGUGAACAGCUUUCCACGUCAGAAAAUGCCCUGACAGGGCGUAUCCUGGAUCUAAAGACUGGAACAGUGAAGAAGGAAGGUCAGCAGUCUUCCAUGAGGAUGUGUAUGGGUUCAAGAAGAUCCUUUAUUUGCCGUAUGAGGUGUGGCAAUAGCGCCGUGGACCCAGUCUCCAUGAAUAGGCUGAGCUUUGUGAGGAACAGAUGCAGGAAUGGCCUUGGCUCUGUGAAGGAUGGGGAGCCGCACUUUGUGGUGGUCCACUGCACAGGCUAUAUCAAGGCCUGGCCUCCAGCAGGUGUUUCCCUCCCAGAUGAUGACCCAGAGGCUGGCCAGGGAAGCAAGUUUUGCCUAGUGGCCAUAGGCAGAUUGCAGGUAACUAGUUCUCCCAACUGUACAGAUAUGAGUAAUGUUUGUCAACCGACAGAAUUCAUUUCCCGACAUAACAUCGAGGGGAUAUUCACUUUCGUAGAUCACCGCUGUGUGGCUACUGUUGGCUAUCAGCCGCAGGAACUCCUAGGAAAGAAUAUCGUUGAAUUCUGUCACCCUGAAGACCAGCAGCUUCUAAGAGACAGUUUCCAACAGGUGGUGAAGUUAAAAGGCCAGGUGCUAUCUGUCAUGUUCCGGUUCCGGUCUAAGAACCGAGAGUGGCUCUGGACAAGAACCAGUUCCUUUACUUUCCAGAACCCUUACUCAGAUGAAAUUGAGUACAUCAUCUGUACCAACACCAAUGUGAAGAACUCAAGCCAGGAACCACGGCCUACACUAUCUAACCCGAUCCAGAGGCCCCAGCUAGGCCCUACAGCUGGUUUACCCUUGGAAGUUGGCUCAGGGCAGCUGGCCCCCAGGCAGCAGCAACAGCAAGCAGAACUGGAUAUGGUCCCAGGCAGAGAUGGACUGACUAGCUACAAUCAUUCCCAGAUUUCUGUUCAGCCUGUUACAACCACAGGGCCAGAACACAGCAAGCCCCUUGAGAAGUCAGAUAGUCUGUUUGCCCAAGAUAGAGACCCUCGAUAUUCAGAAAUCUAUUCCAACAUCACCGCAGAUCAGAGUAAAGCCAUCUCUUCCAGCACUGUCCCUGCCAGCCAACAGCUGUUCUCCCAGGGCAACACAUUCCCUCCUAACCCCCGGCCGGCAGAGAAUUUCAGGAAUAGUGGCCUUGCUCCUCCUGUAACCAUCGUCCAGCCAUCGGCCUCAGCGGGGCAGAUGUUGGCCCAGAUUUCCCGUCACUCCAACCCUACCCAGGGAACAGCCCCGAACUGGCCUCCCAGCACUCGCCCAGGCUUCUCUGCCCAGCAGGUGGCUUCCCAGGCUGCAACCAAGACUCGUUCUACCCAGUUUGGUGUGGGUAACUUUCAGUCUCCAUCCUCCUUCAACUCCAUGUCCCUAUCCAGCGCUUCCACUGCAUCAUCUGGUGCUGCUGGCUACCCCAGUCUGACUAGUCGUGGAUCCAACUUUGCUCCAGAGACUGGACAGCCUGCAGGCCAGUUCCCGACUCGGACAGCAGAGGGUGUAGGUGUCUGGCCCCAGUGGCAGGGCCAGCAGCCUCAUCAUCGGUCAAGUUCUGGCGAGCAGCAUGUUCAGCAGCCAUCAGCACAGCAGGCUAGCCAGCCUGAGGUCUUCCAGGAGAUGCUUUCUAUGCUUGGAGACCAGAGCAACAGCUACAACAAUGAAGAAUUUCCUGACCUAACUAUGUUUCCCUCGUUUUCAGAAUAGAACUGUUGGGGUGAGGAUAAGGGGUGGGGGAGAAAAAAAUUACUUUGUUUUGAAAAAAAAAUUUUUCUGUAAACAGAAUAAAAAGUCCUCUCCCUUCCCUUCCCUCACCCCUGACAUGUAGCCCCUUUUCCUUUGGGACUCUCCCCUGCCCUCCUGCCUCUGCAACCUAACAGUUUUUGAAGGAAUGGAAUGAGUUUCCAAGGAUGUUAGAUCCCUUUGAACUUUUGAGGCUAGAUGAGAAUAGAAUGCCUUUCUGUAUUUCUCUUGGCUAGAGUUGUACACUUUCAAUCUGAGAUAGUGUCAAGGGGCUGGCCAGAAGAACCAGAGCUCCGCUAUUUGCCUUGGAUACUGUGGUUUGGCUUUGGAAAGAAAUUCUAAAUGGAAUGGAGGAAAGGAGAGAGAAAAAUAGUCCUCAUAUUUGAGGAUCACAAAACAUGGUAGGUAUAUAUGAGGCUUUAGGAAGUGAGCAUAGGCUCUUUAUGUUGCCUGUGAGCAAUUCCCUUG